CGGGAGGCCCGGGCGGCGGAGUUGGAGCAGGCGCCACCCCUCAGGCUGACGCGCGUCGUCUUUCGGCGGCGUGGCGCAGCGCUUCUCCCGGUGGCGCGGCGGCUUCGGAGGAUCGGCCGCCGGGCACAGUUUCCUAGAAGACAAAAAAAUGGAGGAAUUGGUAAACCAAAUGCAGCCGCUGAAUGAGAAGCAGAUAGCCAAUUCUGAAGACGGAUAUGUGUGGCAAGUCACUGAUAUGAAUCGGCUGCAGCGGUUCUUGUGUUUUGGUUCUGAAGGUGGGACUUACUCUAUCAAAGAACAGAAGUUGGGCCUUGAGAAUGCUGAAGCUUUAAUUAGAUUGAUUGAAGAUGGCAGAGGAUGUGAAGUGAUACAGGAAAUAAAGUCAUUUAGUCAAGAAGGCAGAACUGCAAAGCAGGAGCCUAUGCUCUUUGCCCUCGCCAUUUGUUCCCAGUGUUCUGACAUAAGCACAAAACAAGCCGCUUUCAAAGCUGUUUCUGAAGUUUGUCGCAUUCCUACACAUCUCUUUACUUUUAUACAAUUUAAGAAAGAUCUAAAGGAAAGCAUGAAAUGUGGCAUGUGGGGUCGCGCCCUCCGGAAGGCCGUAGCAGACUGGUACAAUGAAAAAGGUGGCAUGGCCCUUGCCCUGGCUGUCACAAAAUAUAAACAAAGAAAUGGCUGGUCUCACAAAGAUCUGUUAAGAUUGUCGCAUCUUAAACCUUCCAGUGAAGGACUUGCUAUUGUUACCAAAUAUAUUACAAAGGGCUGGAAAGAGGUCCAUGAAAUGUAUAAAGAAAAAGCACUUUCUGUGGAGACUGAGAAAUUAUUAAAGUAUCUGGAGGCUGUAGAGAAAGUGAAGCGCACAAAAGAUGAACUGGAAGUCAUUCAUCUGAUAGAAGAGCACAGACUGGUUAGGGAGCAUCUCCUAACAAAUCACUUGAAGUCUAAAGAGGUAUGGAAGGCUUUGUUACAAGAAAUGCCUCUUACAGCAUUACUAAGGAAUCUUGGAAAGAUGACUGCUAAUUCAGUGCUUGAACCAGGAAACUCAGAAGUGUCUUUAGUAUGUGAAAAGCUGUGUAAUGAAAAACUGUUAAAAAAGGCUCGUAUACAUCCAUUUCAUGUUUUAAUUGCAUUAGAAACUUACAAAACAGGUCAUGGGCUCAGAGGAAAACUGAAGUGGCGCCCUGAUGAAGAAAUUUUGCAAGCUUUGGAUGCCGCUUUUUACAAAACAUUUAAGACAGUUGAGCCAGCUGGAAAGCGUUUCUUACUGGCAAUUGAUGUCAGUGCUUCUAUGAACCAAAGAGUUUUGGGUAGUGUACUCAACGCUAGCACAGUAGCCGCAGCAAUGUGCAUGGUUGUCACACGAACAGAAAAAGAUUCUCAUAUAGUUGCUUUUUCAGAUGAAAUGGUACCAUGUCCAGUGACUACAGAUAUGACCUUACAACAGGUUUUAAUGGCUAUGAGCCAGAUCCCAGCAGGUGGAACUGAUUGCUCUCUUCCAAUGAUCUGGGCUCAAAACACAAAUACAGCUGCUGAUGUCUUCAUAGUAUUCACUGAUAACGAGACCUUUGCUGGACAUGUCCAUCCUGCCGUUGCUCUGAGGGAAUAUCGAAAGAAUAUGGAUAUUCCGGCCAAGUUGAUUGUCUGUGGAAUGACAUCAAAUGGUUUUACCAUUGCAGACCCAGAUGAUAGAGGCAUGUUGGAUAUGUGUGGCUUUGAUACUGGAGCUCUGGACGUGAUUCGAAGUUUCACAUUAGAUAUGAUUUAAUCAUACGCACCAGCACAGUCUAAGAGGUCCAUUGCCGUCAGUGAUCUCGCUAAUACACCGCUACUUCCCAGCUAAUCUUAAUCCAAUGAAAGACAGUAGGAUGAUGGUAUAGUAUGUGCAUAAUGGAAAGUUUACCUUACCAAAAAAAAGGAAGGAACAAUAAGAUGAGCCCAAAGUUCUUUCUGUCUACUAAACUAGCUCUUGGGAAAUAGCUUCAGAAUACACUGUAGCCCCCUCUAUCUAAUAGAGAACUUCUUUUUGAGAGGCUGUAAGAUAGUCAAACAGUUUUGCUUUGGCGAAUAAUCACAUUUGUACUUAAAAGAAGAGAGAGCCAGAAGUGUAAGUAGUUCCAUAUCAUGUCACUUAUUUGAGAAAUGCCUAAAGUUUUCUUAAAUGUUUUCAUUGGUAAAGGACAACUUUGAUAAUGUCCAAAUAUUCUGAAAUGCACUGGACCAUGUAACUGUGAUGGAAUAUGAAACUCAUUUGUAAACUUUUAUACCAAGGGGGUUAAAAAAACAAACAAAAAAAACAAAAGACAAAAAAAAAAGACAUUUGAUUAUGAAUGAGUUUUACAAAUUCCUUUAACAGUUUUCUACAGUCACAUAAAUAGCAGCUUUCUCAGUCAGUGAAAAAGAUAUUUUGUUUCUGUGGUUUAAUUUACACUUGUAGAAUUGUUACCAUUAACCAGAAACAUAAGGGAAACCCCUGAGAUCUGAAGUUUGUGUCAGCUAAGGAAGUCUAUUUUGGUUUGCUUUUGUUUGUUUAUUGCUGUGAGUGAGGGGGCAUGACUUGACAGUUUCCUCUGGCUUAUAACAACAUAGCCACAUGUAGGCACACUUUUUUUUUCAUUCUCUUAAAUGAAAACAGAUGUUUCAAGCAUUUAACUCCCCCCAUUCAUAAUCUGAAAGUAUGACAAUUAAAAUCUCAAACAUAGCCAGAUUAGCUUUUUCCUUACUUUAAAAAUAUUGUUUUAAUUACUUUUAUCUAUUUUUUUAGCCAAUUGUAAAUGGGUUUUAGAUAUUUCUAAUGGUAAACAUGUUAGUGGCCUCCUCUCUCUUUGUCCAUUAUUCAUCUGUGGCUUUGUCCAUUAUUCAUUUGUGACAAAACAUUCUUUUUUGAUAGUAUAAAAAAAUAAUAAAGCAAGGUAGGUCUUUCAGGUUUGAAAGGCAAUUUUUGUGUGGCAUAUUAUCACUAACCAGUCUGUAAGAAAUUAAUUUUUUCUAUUUUAUUUGUGUAUAUUAAACUUCCUAUUCAUUAUAAAGUGCACUAUUUUCUUGAGCAAGUAUCCCUUCUUUGUGGGGAGGUUUAACCUGUUGAACUGCCAGUAUAUUUGCUCAUAAUUAUAUCAUGGCUGUCUAAGAUAAUGUGCACAUAAAACUUCAGUUUUUAUGUAUUGUUCUUUAAAUGUAUUUAAAGAUUUACUGGGGAUUUAUAAAGCCCUUCUCAAUAUUAUAUGAAAAGUCAAACUAGUAAAUGUAAAUUAUACUUUCACGUGCUUGGGGGUUAGAGGUUUUAUGUUUUGGGGGGCAGAGGGACUUACGUAAUGUUAGAAUUUGUAUAUUUUCUUCUGUUUCAUGAGAAAUUUGGGCUCUGGGAGUAAUAAGACAAUGUUCCUUUCAAACUUAUUUGAUAAAUUAAUGCUGGCCUUGUCUGAUAUGUAGCUCUUCCUUCAAGGCCACUGGUAGCAAUUUGUAAAUAUUAUGAUUUACCUGAUUUUUUUGUCAGCAAAGCUAGUAGCACCAUUACCCCCCCCCAAAAAAAAAAAUACAUGGCUUGUGAUAUCUGUUUUUUAUCCUCUGUCAGGCAUUGGAUUUGACAUGUUAGCUACUUUUGAUACAUUAAAAUAUUAUGUUCAGAUUGAGUUUAAAGAACCUAACAGAAUUUUGUAAUAAUACUUGAAUUCUUUAAGUAAACCCAAAAUCUUUUUUUUUUUUCCUUUUUUUUGCGGUACGCGGGCCUCUCACUGUUGUAGCCUCUCCCGUUGCGGAGCACAGGCUCCAGACGCGCAGGCUCAGCAGCCGUGGCUCACGGGCCCAGCCUCUCCGCAGCAUGUGGGAUCCUCCCGGACCGGGGCACGAACCCGCGUCCCCUGCAUCGGCAGGCGGACUCUCAACCAUUGCGCCACCAGGGAAGCCCCAAAAUCUUCUUAAAUUAAAAAUUAUAACAUGAUCUAACUUUUUAUUCCUAAUAGAAAUGUUAAGUGGAAUACAGUAUAAACGUUUAUUUCCUUCAGUUAAACACUGUUUCUAUAUUGUUUUUAGACAGAUAUGUUCAGGAACUAAUAUUAAAUCCAUCAGAAGUAAGAUUAGAUGUGACUUUUUUGAAGUCACAUAAAUAAGUCUAUUAAAUGGUAAGAUUUUAGAAAGAAAAAACUAAAAGCCACCACUGAAGGUGCUUUAUUUUCAAAUCAUGGAGCUUUAGAAGCUGGAAGAAACCUUAGAAAUUUAAAAGGUAAUUGUUUGAGUUAGUUUAGGGAUCCAUGGUCUGAGAGAGUGUGACUGGAGCCCUAGAUCUAGAUCUAGAAACCUUGGUCUCUUCAUUCCCAUUCCAGUGUUCAUUUCCCGACAAAAUGGGAAGACAUUGACUUACAAGAGUAGGUGAUAAAAUAGAAUUAUUCAAGACUUUUAUCUUUUUAGGUAUUAGGAAAUAAUGUAUAUACAUGAUUGCUUUAGGAGUAGAAAAACAGAACUUGUGAACAUGUAUACUUCUGUAGUUCAUAGUAACCCUCAAGCACAAUUAAUGUCUUAAUAACCUGUAUUGCUAUAUAACAUAGUCAUAUAGAAAGAAUAAAAAAACUUUACCUCAUUAUGAAUAAAAUGUACUCAAGUGAUAAAGAAGUUUUAUUUUCUGAAUUACUUCUAGCAUUAUUGCUGAUUAGGAAAAUGUUGCUUCUAAAAAACAAUCCUAAGAAAAGUAAACUUUAUUUCCUAGAAAAUAUGUAAAUAUUUUCAGGAUAUAGUUGUAAUUAGUAAAACAAAAACUAAUCUUAUGAUCCUACCCUAUCCCUGUUAGUUGAAAUUUCUUGGAAAUUCCACUUAUUAACACUUAUGUAUUGUUUAGUUUAGUCAUCAUUUUAGGAAAUAUUGGUGAGGAAGACACUAGUGAAUGGGAUUUAGCGUUAUACCCUUCUGGAACCUCUUUUGCUUUAUCUAACUUACUGUGUGACUGUAGACAACCAGUUUAACCUAUGUGAUUCAAUUUUGCUAUCUUUAAAAAGUAACAUAUCUGAUGCUUGGCUCAUAGAAAAAUCAAUGAUUUUAUUAUAUCUGUAUAAAACUUGAAAUUGGGAAGAAGGCUUGCAAAGAAAUUAGAACUUUUUGAAAAAAUUAAAAACACUUUUAAUAGGAUAUAUGUUUUGAAAGAUAAAAUGUUUUAGAAAAACAGCUCAGUAGGCUCAAUAAUUUUUUUAAACACUCCUGUUCUGAAUGGGAAAAUGUGGAAGAAAAAUUUUAACAGUAAAGGUAAUGACUAAAGAAAUCACUAUUCUCUGAAAAGAGAAAGGAAUAUAUUCCAUUAGCUAGAUCAAGAAAAACUAACUCAUACUCUAAAUGAGAAGAUGGUCUUACAAAAAUUUGCUUAAUGUUUUAAAAUAACAGGUAAAUCUACAAACGAUAGAAUAUCAGUUAAUCAGGAUUUUUUUAUGCAAAACAAUUUAAAAUUAUUUUGGAAAUUUAAGAUAGAAUUUCUGAAUAAAUUUGAGGAUCUGACAAUUAAGAAACAUCUGUGGAAGCACAGUAAAGCUACAUCUAAACAAUAAUUAAAGGGAAAUGGUUGUGAUCACUUAUUGGACUUACUUCAAUUUGACCUAAAGAUGAUAUACCCACAGAUCUCUCCAUAAGUCCCUUACAGUUAGUAAUCACAAAUGAAAAAUUCUAGUCUUGUAUACCACAGACUUGGGUGAUUCGUUAAGGCUAUAUCCCCUCUAGAGAAAUGUCAGAUAGCAUCAAUGUAAACAUGCACAAGGGAGAAUUAGAAAAAAGAUAAGUUAAACUAUUUCAUUAGUUGUAUUUACUGUAUGCAUUCAAUUUAGUAUAUAUCCCAGUUACUUGCUGCCUAGUCCAUUAUUUGUUGGAAGAUUCCUUCUAUACCUUUUUUUUUUUUCUUUUAAAAUUCCUUUCUUCUGACAUUUUGGUCUUCUGUUUGCUUUUCUAGUCCUGCUGUAC